GUUUGCUACAGACGCUGUGUCCAACUUAAUGCAAUACGACUCCAAGUACGUCAGACACUGAAUGAGGGUCAUUACUUAAGAAGAACUAAGGUGGGAAACUGGGCUCCUUUGAAAGCUCCUCCUCAGUGUCAUAACUAGCCUCUGCAGAUGGAGCUGCAUUACAAAAUCUAUGAGAAGACCCUCGUGUAGUGGUACUGGAAGCUGAUAAAGAUGGUUCCACUUGUUACUGUGACAUCAUCCAUUAAUAAGAUAUGCAGGAUGGACUCUCAUCAAACUGAAAAUACCCAGAAUUACAUUACCGUCAUACCUAUUGAGUACCCGAGAAGCAGGGUGUACCCUCAAACACAGGAAUAUGUGGUCGAUCAGUACAGUGACUACUUGAGGGAUCGGAGUCGUGAUGAAUACGUACGUGGCGACUACAACAUAAACUCCGAACCCAAGUUCGACGAAGUGGGCCCGCUGUACACGGUGUCCCAGAGGUUCGAGAGGGAGAAGCCGCCCCCGCCGGCGCUGGCCCACGUGGGCGCCGGCAGCUACCGGCACGACGUCGAGCGCGAGUGGGAGCGGUCGCUGCACCCGCACCCCCACCCCCACCCCCACCUGCCCUCCUCUGCGGCAGACCGCCAGCAGGACUGCGCAGCCGGCAAGUGCUCCGACGUCUCCGGAGAUGACCAGCUCGUGUCCCAGGUUUCACCACCGCGGUUCCUGAAUACGUGCAUAUACCUCAUGUCGAAAGUCGUCUUAAACAUGGAGAUAGAGGAUGGCCACAGCGCGACUGUACAGGAGUUAGUGCAGUACGUAAUGCAAGAAGAAGAACUGGCUCUGCCGAGAGUGGCUUCAAGCAUAUUCACACUGUGGAUGUGUUCGGGACUUCUCGAAAUACAGUUGAAGCUGUUUCAUAAGCCAUUUGAUGUUAGGAAGAGAUGGCAAUCACUAGUUUCGCAGUACACAAAUGCCACGGACUCACAGAUCGACAGGGAUGAACCGAUAUUGUCAUUCCAGCGAAAUGUUUUCUUUUCGAAACGUGAUGAAGAAAAAAUUAAAGACCAAAAACUUCUGGAUCUCUUAUACGAUGAAGCAAAGUAUAACAUCUUAGAAGGAAGAUAUCCGUGUGAGAUAUCCCAUUAUAUAAUGUUAGGUGGCAUACAAGCACGUAUUGAGUUGGGUCCGUAUGUGCCACAAGUACAUACUACACAGUUCUUCAGAGAACACCAGCGUAAAUUUUUACCCACACACGUGAGUCGUAGUAACUGGUCAUGGUUGCGAAUCAGUGGUAAAAAUUCACCAGAAGUCAGACUUCUGGAACAGUUCAAGCGCAUUCCUUCCAACACACCAGUCAGAAAACUGAUCAGAAAGUACCUCGAGUUUUGUUGGUCACUUCCUUAUUAUGGAGGAGCAUUCUUCCGUGGUCAGGUGGAGCAACCGGUACGAGGCCUGACUUCAUUGAUCACUCAUCAAGAUGUGUCUGUACUGGUUGCCAUCAACACUCAAGGAGUGUACAUCAUAGAUGAUAUUCAGUGUACACUUUUGUUGGGUUUAAAAUAUGAGGAGAUGUCAUGGGAUUUUGCAAAACCUUCACAAGAGGACAAUCCAGACUGCCUUCCCUGCCUUUUUCUGCAGUUUAUGGUGUUAGAAAAUGGAACAAGGGUCUCAAAAAUUCUGCAGGUGUUUUCAAAGCAGGCUGUGAUGAUGGAUGCUUUAAUUUCAGUCUUCGUGGAUGAAAUAAAACAGAAGACAACCACUUAUGCCGAUGAGCCCGAUCGCCCAGUUUACGAUACGUCGACUGACAGUGACGAUACACAGGUUCCAUUAACUACAGUGAAUCGGCGAGAACUUCCUCAGUCGUGUUUGAGCAACAAAUUGAGCAAGCUAACUCUUGCAACAUUUGACGAAGAUGGACGCUGUAUUGGUCAGAUGGGCUCUUGGUCAUUCAGUUAUUAGACUCCCAGUAUUUACAGGCACCCUUUUCUUCUCAAAUAUGUGGUGUAGCUGAAUAAUCGUCCUGUGUAAAAUUACACGGGAUCAUAUGUGCUACAGCUACUUCUGCUGGAUACCGGGGCCACACGGGAAUCCAGGCAGAAGAUCAAAUAACUGAGGAGGCUGCAGGGAAGAUGACAAGACAAUCCUGGGGGUCCGGCUUCUCGCUGCUGAGCUGAGACAGAGAGCCACACAGGAGCGACUGUGGCUGGCAGUGAGGGACAAUAAAUGAGAUGAUCACCCUGCCAUGCUGUACCUCCUGUCAGUCACUCUGGCAGGAUGAAGUCCAUUCCGACCCUUUUCCCACAUAGGACAUCAUCUUCUUAGUCUGUGGCAUUUGUGGCAUAGGAAUCGGUGUACUCCUCAUUUUCACUGUGAUCACUUAUGUAGGAACCUGCUUUCUAUUCUGUACGAUGAUGAGACGAGUGUGAUAAAAUCCUUAAAAUCUCAUGUAGUGUGUACGUUUGAGGCUGAGCUUUUAUGAAGAAAGUUUGCAUUUUAUGUUCA